AUGUGUUUUUUAACCCAUGAUCAGGUAAUACUCAAUGUGGAGAACGGACCAGAAGUGGACAACAACCCGCCCAAGUUCAGUCUCCAGGUGUACACGAAGGAAAUCUACAGUGUGCUUCCAGUAGGCUCCCCGGUCCUGGAAGUCAAGGCCACAGACCCAGAUGUGGGGGAGACUGAGAAGCUGCAGUACUCCCUGGUGGAGCCCAGCACUGCGUUUGAUAUAGAGCCCUCUAGUGGCCAGGUGUAUGUAGUGUCUGAUAUUCAUCCUGGAAAUGUGACCCUGACAGUGAAGGCAACAGACCCGCAAGGACAGUCUGACACAGCAAAAGUGGAGGUGAUAAUGACAGACUCCAGCAAUGUUGUGCAAAUAUCAAUCAACAAGCCCUCUGACAUCGUGCUGGACAAAGUUCAGGAGAUGGAAAAAGCACUUGUGCAGGCCCUGGGACUGAACGUGACGAUAGUCAGUGUGACUGACAGUGGCGGCAACACCGUGGUCAGUUUCAUCGCCAUGGACACUGGUGGAAAUGUUGUCCCGUUUGAGGACGUCAAGAAUGAACUGAUAGAGAACAAGCAGGAAGUUAAUGAAGCGCUUCAGGCAGUCUUUGGAGCUGACACAGACUUUGACAUUGUGGACGAGGGGAAGAAAACUGUCAUCGGUGCAAUCAUGGGGGGAGUAGUUGGGGCCGUUGUAGCUGUUGCUGCCAUUGGCGCAGUAGUUUACGGGGCAAGACAAUGUAGUAUAUCACAGAUUUAUUCAAGCCGCAGGAAAAGUCAAAGCUCAUUGUAUGACAUUAUAAAUUUCGACAAAAAAAGUUGA